CGUGGCCCGACUAGCAGUUACGUGUUCGCGCGCAAGCCACCACUACCCGUCUGUCCGUUCCCCACCUCACCCACACCCACCCAAGUCACCGUCUUCUUCCCUCUACUCCCUGCGGCCACUGCUCCUCGCCUUAAACCCGUCGCCGCCAUGACUCCCGCAUCCACCUUCCCUCUCGCCGCCGCCGUCCUACCCACGAACUUAUCUUCCUUCUCUCGCUGCCCCCCUCGCCGCCUCCCGCGCGUCUCCUGCCUGGCGGCGCCCGAACGCCGCGGGGGCGGCAAUGCAUCGAACGCCUCGCGGGCGCCGCAGCAGCAGCCGGGGUGGCGCGCCGCGGUAUCCGCCGUGCUCGCGGCGGCCGUGGUCGCCGCCUCGAUGCCAGCUUACGCGGACCUGAACAAGUUUGAAGCCGAGCAGCGGGGCGAGUUUGGCAUUGGCUCCGCCGCGCAGUUCGGCUCGGCCGAUCUCAAGAAGGCUGUCCACGUUAACGAGAACUUCAGGCGAGCCAACUUCACAUCCGCUGAUAUGAGAGAGUCGGAUUUCAGUGGUUCCACAUUCAAUGGUGCCUAUCUUGAAAAGGCUGUUGCUUAUAAGGCAAAUUUCACUGGUGCCGAUUUGAGUGAUACAUUAAUGGACCGCAUGGUUCUAAAUGAAGCUAACCUUACAAACGCUGUUCUUGUACGGUCAGUCCUAACACGUAGUGAUCUUGGAGGAGCGAUCAUUGAAGGUGCUGACUUCAGUGAUGCUGUUAUUGACCUACCACAGAAACAGGCAUUAUGCAAAUAUGCAAGUGGGACCAACUCCAUAACAGGGGUUAGCACCCGAAAAAGCCUAGGAUGUGGCAAUAGCCGUCGAAAUGCAUAUGGGAGCCCUUCAUCCCCUCUGUUGAGUGCCCCGCCACAAAAGCUUCUUGACCGAGAUGGUUUCUGUGAUCCAGCUACUGGAAUGUGCGAAGCAAACUGAAGACAGGAUUGAUCCAACGUGGAAAAUGGUCACUGGAUGGUGUACAUACAUUGGAGAUUGAGUAAGAGCAGUAUAGUGCGGAGAAACCAGUCGUUUUUCUUCUCGUCUUGCAAUUGUUGUAACGUUGCAGCGGAAUCGGGUAAAUUCAGGAUGUAGAUGAGAUGUGUGCGCUGAGUACUGAAUACCAUAUAUAGCAUAGUAUGUAUAUGAAAUAGAUCAUAUCAUGCGCUUCUUGCUCGAAAGAAGUGGCCCCUGCUUUGUUCUAAAGCCGACAUAUCCAAAAGCAGAAGUUCAACAGGGGAGUGUCUCAGUAAAUAAACUUUCCACUCCA